AUGUGGUUCCCUCUCUCUCGCCUGGCCAUCACUGCCAGUGUCCUCGCAACGGCUACUGCGCUAUCUGCGCAUGAUAUCCCGGCUGACCUGCCAGUCUCGUCCCUGCUGAGCAAUGCGCAGACGCACCUAGCCAAAGGCGAGACCAGCGAAGCCAUCCUCUACUACGAUGCCGCCAUAGCACGGGAUCCCAAUAAUUAUCUGACCAUAUUCAAGCGUGCGACUGCGUUCUUAUCCAUCGGCCGGGCCAAUCAAGCAACCGACGAUUUCAACAAGGUGCUGGUUCUCAAGCCCACUUUUCAGGGAGCUCACGUCCAGUUGGCCAAUCUGAAGUCAAAAGUUGCAGAUUGGGAAGGCGCCAAGGCCGAAUAUGCUGCGGCAGAGAAAGCAACGGAUUCUCCCGAGCUAGUUGAAUUGGCGGGAGCCGAGCGCGCCGCCGCCGCCGCAGUCGCGGCCUCCAAGAACCAGAGCUGGGAUGACUGUGUUAAUCAUGCUACCAUUGCCAUCAGUGUUGCUUCUAGACAUCCGCCUCUGCGUGAAUUGCGGUCCAAGUGUCUGUUUGCUCGUGGCGAGAUUCAAGAGGGAAUGGGCGAUUUGCAAUACGUUCUGCUCUUGAGACCAGGCGACACGUCACCUCAUGUUCUUAUUUCUGCUACUUCCUUCUACGCUCUCGGAAAUGAAGACAAGGGCUUGACACAGAUCCGCAAAUGUCUGCACUCCGAUCCCGAUUCCAAGAUCUGCAAGAAGGUUCACAAGCAAGAAAAGGCGUUUCAGAAGGGCGUGAACCGGGCCAUGGGACAACUCAACAGAGGCCAGACAACCACUGCCGGUAGAACGCUUGUCGGUACUGAAGAAGAGAUUGGCUUGAUCACGCUACUCAAGGAGCAAACAGAAGAUUUGAGGCAGUCCGGCUUCAUCCCUGAAAAGGCACCCACACAAUUAUAUGGCAAGCUCAUUGACAUGACGUGUCAUGCCUACUUGGAGGGUAACCAUAAAAAUGUUGAGAAGUACUGCGAGGAAGCUCUUGAGCUUAAUUCAGAAUCAUUCUGGGGCAUGCUCUACCGAGCAAAGGGUCUGAUGAGGAAGGAUGAAUUCGACGCUGCCAUACAUACGCUCAAAAGUGCCAUCGAACUUCACCCCGGCAAGCGAGAUAAGAUAGAUCCUCUCAUGAAUAAAGUCCAGAUCGCCCUAAAGCGAAGCAAAACCAAGGACUACUACAAGGUUCUGGGUGUGGACAGUGACUCCGACCAGAGACAAAUCAAGUCGGCAUACCGCAAGGCCUCCAAGCAGUUUCAUCCUGACAAGGCUCACAAGCAAGGCAUAGCGAAGGAAGAUGCUGAAAAGAAAAUGGCCUCAAUCAAUGAGGCCUACGAAGUGCUUAGUGACCCUGAGCUUCGUGCCCGAUUCGACCGAGGCGAUGACCCCAACUCCCAAGAAAGAGGGGACCCAUUCCAAGGCAGCCCCUUUACAGGCGGAGGCGGACACCCUUUCAUGUUCCAGCAAGGCGGAGGUCAGCAAUUCAAGUUCAACUUCCAUGGCGGUGGAGGCCCUUUUGGUUUCUGA